AGCUUUCCCCCCUUCAACCAUGUCGGCAUUGCAGCAGCCACCUCAAACGCCUCACAAAACACCCCUUCGACGCGUUUCUCAAGGCUCUCUAUUCGCUCUUUCCCGUUCAGGAGCAUACCCAGACGCCCCUCAUGGUCUAGGAUUUCUUGAACCCGCAAUGUCAGAAUUUGCAGACGAAAUCGAUACUCUCCAAUCCAAUAUCGAAAGCAUGAAAAGCCUGAGUGAUUCAUUAGGAGUUUUCAACGAAUCAUUUGCUAGUUGGUUAUAUAUAAUGGAAAUGAAUGCUUUGACUAUCGACUGGCCACAGGCCCCAAACGACGCGUCAUUCUACCUAGCUAAACGUAGAGCAGAACGAGAUGCACUCGCCGCGAUGGAAACUAUGAAACACAAAACUGCUCGACCACUUCCUGAAAGUGAAAAGACUAUAGAUUCCGAUACGACGGUAGCUGAGGGAAUCACAGCGUCGAAUACAACUGCUACGAAACAGACAGGCAAGGCUACUGCAGUACCAGCGAAAAAAGGACCCGUUAAAGGAGGAAAGAAGCCCAAGAUGACUGCGAAGGAGAGGAAGGAACGGAAUCUGGAGCUUGAGAAGAUUGCCUCGUGUCUGCCUUUGGAAUUUCGAGGUAGUGAGCCUAGCCUUCGUCGUAAUUUGGACGCCGUCGUAGAAGGCUUAAUGGAUGCUCCUGGACAAACAGCCAAAAUCACUGACCUUGUAAAACCUCCAGACCUGCCACAAAACAGAGUGAACAAGUGCCUUAUCGCCCUGAUCAAUCGAAAGAUUGUGGUGAAAGACAACAGUACGGGGCAAGUCUUAUACCACUGGCAAGGAGUGGCUCCGUAGCUAGCAUUGGUGACUCUAAAGCGUAUCGCCAUCACAUCGCAUGUACUCAUAUCUAACGUGAUUGUCGCGAUGAUUGACCCUUUUACUCUCGAAUGCAA